AUGCCUUCUACUGUCCCCCAGUCCGCUCCAUCGAACUACAAGACUGAGGCGAGAACACUUGAGGAUAGCGAGCAAUCCAUUAGACCGGAUGAAGACCCUCAGCUAGGCCUGUUCCACCAAGUGUACGAUUGGUUACAGCACGAGAAGACCCGGAGAUUGGCAAGGAAGGCGCGGCGUGCUGAGGCGAUUUCUGGUAACACGAUCGCUGUCUCGGAUAGCGAAGAACAACCAAUCGCGGAGCCACAAUGUUCAGAGAGCACGUUCUCGCUCGACAAAUUGGAGAGAAUCUUGGCACAGUUUGCAGGCCCUCAGAAUGCACAUGGUCUAGCAUCGCAUCUCGCCGUCAAGCGCGCACCUCGCCGUCGCCCCAAGGGUCUACGUCGAGGCUCCGCUUCAGACUCCGAGUACACGGAUGUUGAGGCGCCAGUGCCAAACGUCGAAGCUUACCUCGACAAUACAAAGACUCUCGCCUACAUCACAAAUGGUGCAGCAGACGAGGACACUACUGACAGUAAUUCUAUCAAGCAAUCCAAAGACCGAGAGGCAUGGACCAUUUUCAAGACCGAAAUCGUGCGCCUUGCGCAUACUCUCCAGCUCCGAGGUUGGCGUAGAUUGUCAAUGGACAUGGCCGAGGACGUUGAAGUCACUCGGCUCAGUGGUGCUCUGACCAAUGCUGUGUAUGUGGUCGUCCCGCCCAAGACUCCACGCAGGACUGAAAAUGGUUCUACCACCUUGCGCCCGAGGAGGCCCCCACCGAAGCUCUUGCUGCGUAUUUACGGUCCUCAAGUAGAUCAUCUUAUUGAUCGGGAGAAGGAACUCCAAAUCCUUCGUCGCCUGGGCCGCAAGCACAUUGGUCCUCGUGUACUUGGGACUUUCUUGAAUGGUCGAUUUGAAGAAUACUUUGAGGCACGUCCUCUCACGCCGAAGGAGCUGCGAAUUCCAGCGACAUCUAGGCAGAUUGCCAAGCGUAUGAGAGAAUUGCACGAUGGUGUCGAACUUCUCCCCGAAGAACGAGAUGCCGGGCCGAUGAUCUUUAAGAAUUGGGAUAAGUGGGUUGAUCGCUGCGAGCAAGUAACCACUUGGUUGGAUAAAGAGCUUGAGUCUCCGCAAAAUGAACUCAAGGCGGCUGCAGAACCUUGGCGCCAGCGGGGCUUUGUUUGCGGUGUGCCAUGGGCAGCAUUCCGCCAGGCCGUGGAUCGCUAUCGGUCUUGGCUUAUUGCCAGCUGUGGUGGACUUGAGGAGAUCAAGCGACAACUUGUGUUUGCCCAUAAUGAUACUCAAUAUGGAAACCUUCUUCGCAUGGAGCCAGCUACAGAAUCUCCGCUUCUCCUGCCCGCCAACUCCCACAAGCAGCUGGUGGUCAUUGACUUUGAAUACUCCUCGGCGAACACCGCUGGUCUUGAAUUCGCAAACCACUUUACUGAAUGGUGUUACAACUACCACGACGAGGAGCUAUCCUGGGCCUGCAACAACCGCCUUUACCCCACACUCGAGGAGCAACGCCGCUUUGUGAUGACAUACCUCACCCAUCGCCCUGCUGUGAUCGGCGGUGUGGCCUCGCCUUUAGCCACUCCAGCCAUGCGGGGUGGGACUGGUACCGCUGUCACACCCUUCACCCUGGAUGAUGGCCCCGAUUCCAAUUGGCCGCAAGUUGAGAAGUCACUCGAGGAGGACCUGGAAGCUGAGGUGCGGCGGCUUAUGCAACAGACCCGUUUGUGGCGUGCCAUGAACUCGGCCCAGUGGGUGGCCUGGGGUAUCGUACAAGCCAAGGCACCAGGCAUGGAAGAAGGAAUUGCUGAGAUGCUGGCUACAUCCAAUGAGAAUGGACAUAAAGACGAAGGUGUUAAGACACCUACGGUCGAUGUUGAUGCCGAUGAGGAAGAUGGUUUCGAUUACCUGGCGUAUGCGCAGGACAGAGCCAUGUUCUUCUGGUCUGACCUGUUGGCUCUUGGUCUGAUCAACCCGAACGACCUUCCGGCGCCAAUGGUUGAACAUAUUCGGGCCCGGGCGGUUGAUCAUUGA